AUGGCUGCAAAACAUGGCCAGUCGCUGCCUCACCUGCAAACGGGUGAGGUGACACUCUUGAAUUACGCUGCAGAUGACUCUCACGAUGUCAUGACCUUGUCAGACAAGGAGGCCUUGGUGCUACAGCUCUACAACCAGAUCCAGGAACAACAACUGGAAAAAGCAUUUCUAGAACAAAAACUGGAAAGCGCGUCGGGUGGGAAUGCCGAGGAGCAGCUCGCGAUCGCGGAACGUGAGCUCCUGGAGGCGCGAUCUACCUACACGGUCAGGAGGAAAGCCGUCCGCACGAUCCUCAUGACCGACCCGAUCCUCAAAGCCGUCCACCUGAAAGCUGCUACUCCCGCCGAGAGGGCCCUGCUCCGUCUGGUAAAUCGUCGGGACGUGCUUGCGCUUGCACAUGAGAAUCUUGCCUCGGCGCAUGAUUUGGUGAUGAAGCAGAUAUUGAACACCGAAGUGGAAAAUAUAAAGAUCAACCGCGACAACCAGGAGCUAGUUCGUCAGCUACUGGAGCUCACAACUCAGGAUUCAUCGUGGAGGGACAAGCUUCAAGGCUCGCAGCUAUCGCAACUUGAAGAGUUGGAACGGGAUUUGAAAGCCCACAAGGCUCGGUGGGAAACCAUGAAAAACAUUGCAAGUGCAGUUGUGGUUGCAAGUGGAUUAGAUUGGGCUGAUGACGACAUGCUUCGCGCUCUGGUGCUGGAUGAAAGCGAUGAUUGA